UCGCGCAUUUUCAAGCCCCAUUUUUAUAUCCCCCAAUAUUGAUUUUAUUUUAAUAUUAAACUAAAAUAUGAUGAUAAAAUAAAUAAAUAAAUCCCUGUUUUCUUGUUUCUACUUUCUUCUCUCUUGUCUCAGAUUCAUUUACAUCGAAAGAAUUCGAGCGAUCGAGCUCUGUGUCGGAAUCUCUCUCUCUCUCUGUGCGUGCAUGGACGGCCAUUACUCACUCCUGUCGAUCUCAACGGUCGGAUUCGCAUCCAGCGUCACUCAUUUCCACGCACCAAAUUCAUCAUCCUCUCUGUCUCUGUCAGUUUCCCUCUGAAUUUAAUUCCUUUCCCUUUUUUUAUAAUUUUUUUUCCUUAAUUUUCUCACAACAGAACACAGCGAGAGCAUAUGGAAACCAAACCAUACCCAUUACCCAAUCGCCCCCAUUCUUCGUGCCUAUGUAUGUAUAUGUGUGUAUAGACUAUAUAUAACACACACAUAUAUAUAUAUAUACAUAUAAAUAUAUAUGCAUGUUCUUUUCUGCUAGGGUUUUUCUUCUAUCUAUCUCCGAAGAUUGGAAAAUUGGCCUUGUUGACCAGUAAUAGUAGAAGUAGUUGUUGUUUCACGAUGAUUUGUUUGUACGGACAGGGAAGAAGACGACGACGGCCAUGAGGACUUGUUGUGAGAUCAUCAUCGUCGUUUUGUGGUGGUGGAGGAUAUGGGCUGUGGAAGUUCCAAGGUCGACGACUUGCCGUUGGUGACUCUGUGCAGAGAGCGGAGGGAUUUCAUCAAAGCGGCGUCGGAUCACCGCUACGCCCUCGCCGCCGCCCACCUCUCGUACUUCCAGUCCCUCAAGGACAUCGGCGACGCUCUCGUCACCAGCGGCACUGGCGGAGAUUCUUCCUCCGCUCCUGGGUCUCCGGUCCUCACAUUGCCCUCUCACGGGGGAAAGAGGAGGAAGCCCAAAUCCAAGCUCCAAAACGACGACGAACCGAAGAAUUCCUCAUCGUCGGCCUCGAUUUCGCAUCUCAAUUCCCCCGGGGACGAAGAGCUUGAGGAUUCGCACUUGCAUUUGUCGUCUGGUUCCGAUUCGGACUCCGAAUUAGGUUCCGCUCCUGGUCACAUUCGGAUGGAAGAGAGCAUUAGCCCCAAGGAGGAGACAGGGAGAAUGGAAUUUCCUCCUCAGAGUUACUAUCCGAGCGAUUGGGCUUCUCCGAUUUCUCCCGGAGUGAAUUCCUUUAUGCAUUUCGCGAAGAGGUCCGAGACGCCAACGCAGUCCACGGUUUACGAAGAGCCUGAAACGGAAAGGUAUUAUUCCUCCUAUGGAAACUCAAACUCGGGAUAUUCUUAUCCGCAGUAUAGCAGCGGUGGGUUUUACGGGUUCUCUAUGGGUUCGCCGCCGGAUCAAAACGAUUUUUAUCCGUAUCGGCAACAGAAUCCGCCUCCUCCUCCUCCGGCGCCGCCGUCGCCGCCGAAGGUGUCUAGUUGGGACUACCUUAAUUUCUUCGACACUUAUGAUAAUAGUGGGUACCCGGUUAACUAUCCGAGGUACGGGUACGGGUCGAACACGAGUAGUCCGGAUUCGACUGAGGUGAGGGAGAGAGAGGGGAUUCCUGAGUUGGAAGAUGAAACAGAGACGGAGGGGUUGAAGAAGGUCACAGCGAAGAAGAAGAAGGUUGGUGAUGAGGACGGCGUGAACAGGAAUAUGAAUUCAGGAGAGGGGACUUCUUCAAGGGCUGUGCCGAAGCAAAAUGGGGGUGAGGGAAGUUCUAGACCGGUGCCUUUGAGGAGUAAUGACAGUCCAGAAUCUGCUGAGAUGAAGAGUAGCUCGGGGACGAUUGAUUCGAUCGACACAACUACUGUUUUGAAAAGCCCCGAUGAAGACUCUACUAGGAAGAAAGGAGUGAGUUUUGAGAUUGACGAGACAUCAAAUUUGGAGGUUGAAUCUUCCAAGCGGAGUAGCUUGACGACAUUGUCUGUCCAUGGUACAAGGGACCUUCAGGAAGUUGUCAAGGAAAUCAGGGAUGAGUUUGAGGCUGCCUCUAGUUAUGGGAAAGAGGUGGCGAUGUUGCUUGAGGUGGGCAAGCUGCCAUAUCAACCUAGAGCCACUGCACUUGGAGCGAUCUUUUCCAGGUUCCUGUACCUUAUAGCACCUUCCAUGUUAUCUUCACAUCCUCCAUCCAGGCCGUCAAUACGAUUACCAUCUAGAACAAUUAAAUUGGCAAAAGCAUACAAUGAAGAGCUUGGAAAAGAUUCGAAGUUGAAGUCUGGAAAUAUUUCAACAACUUUGGAGAAACUUUAUGCAUGGGAGAAGAAACUUCAUAAGGAAGUUAAGGACGAAGAAAGGCUUCGGGUUAUUUAUGAAAAGACGUGCAGGAGACUAAGAUACCUUGAUGAGCAUGGAGCUGAAUCCGGUAAGAUUGAUGCUACCCAGGCAUCAAUACGUAAAUUGCUAACAAAAAUUGAUGUUUGUAUCAAAGCUGUUGAUGCCAUAUCAGCUAGGAUACACAAGUUGAGGGAUGAAGAAUUGCUUCCCCAAGUCACAGAAUUAGUUCACGGAUUGAUAAGAAUGUGGAAAGCCAUGUUUAAAUGCCACCAGAAACAGUUCCAAGCUAUCAUGGAGAGUAAAAUGCGCUCUCUUAAAAUGAACACUGGUUUUCGUAGAGAUGCAGGUUUGAAAGCUACUCUUGAACUUGAAAUGGAGCUCAUGAAUUGGUGCACCUGCUUUAACAAUUGGAUUAACACCCAAAAAUCCUAUGUUGAGUCUUUAAAUGAAUGGCUUUCGAGGUGCCUGCAGAACGAACCUGAAGAAACUGCCGAUGGUAUAGCCCCUUUCUCCCCAGGCCGGAUUGGAGCCCCAUUAAUUUUCAUAAUCUGCCAUGAUUGGUUUCAAGCAAUGGAAAGAAUAUCAGAAAAACGGGUAUCGAAUGCAAUGACUGAUUUUGCUGCAACACUACACCAGUUAUGGGAAAGACAAGAUGAAGAGCAACGUCAGAGGAUAAAGGCAGAAUUCCUCUCCAAGGAUUUUGAAAAACGGCUCAGGCACUUGCGCAUGGAGAGAGGAAAACUUGAGCAGGACCGCGAUGCAUCCUCAGACAAAGCUGCUCUGUCAAGAGUUCCUUCUGGAAGUGGGGUUUCUCCGCUGGAUGAUCUAAAGGUGGAUUUAGAUUCAAUGAGAAAGAAGUUGGCCGAGGAGAGAGCAAGGCAUAGGGAGGCAAUGAAACUGGUUCAUGAUGCAGCUUCAAAUAGUUUACAGGCGGGCUUGACCCCAAUUUUUGAGACUUUGGGUAACUUCACUUCAGAGGUUCUUAAAGCUCAUGAGCAAGUCAGGCUUCAAAAUGCUGGAGUAGCGUAAGCGACCUGUAACUUAUAUAUAAUAUAAUUAGGCAAAUUGUAUGCUUUCUGGCAAAACACCAUUGCUCUUGUCUGUACAGUUACUUUCACGAGUAUCACACAACUUAGAAAGGUCAGUUUAGUGGAGAAGAGUGAUCUUGGGAGUGAAAUUUAGGCAUGAAGAAAAGCAACUUCUGAGGUGUUUAGGAAAAGGGGUUUAGUUUAGAUUCCCUAAGAAAGGGAAAGAUGUUUGUAGAGGAGAUACCUUAGCUUGUCUUGAAAAUUUUCUUCUGCAACGACCCCCCUCUAUAGAUGGAUAGGAAUUUUGUAUAGAAAUUCAUUUAUUGGUUAAUUGGUUUGCAGGUGGCUGUAUUGUUUGUAAUUGGCUGUAUUGGAGGAUAUCAGUUAGCUUGUAGUCCAGAAACCAUAACAAUUUUGUA